UCCUAACAUCGUAGGAUGAGCUCUCUCCUUUGUUUCCAGGUUUUAAUAUUGACAUUAACCACAACUUUGCCAAUAUGGGCCUACCCGGAUGGCAAGGGCUCGGAGUGUCUAGGAAAUCUGUUGCGCGUGAGCGUGGAUGGCUUUCUUAUAGCAGGGGAACUAGCUCCUGCUGAAGUGUAUGUUCUCAAUGGCAGCGAUGUUAUCGGACCUAUUACACCUUUCCUGGCUGCUAAGUGUGGAUUCAGUAUGGUCUCAGAUCCUUGGGGCAAUACACUGCUUUAUAUCUCUCUCCAACACUGUUACUCUCAAUCAAAGAGUGAUGGAACGUUUGAGAUAAAUCUGCAGCUCCGACCACAUGGAGAAGACUCACAUAGAGUCCAUACUGUGUCCAAGUCAUGCAGCUAUCCAAAGUGGACCUCUCGUGAAAUCCUCUGCUCCCAAAACUACAUGGAGGUGUCUGUGGAGCAUAAUCUUCCAACCUCUGAACAACUGGCAUGGAUGGUCUCUGGUGUAAAGGAUGCCCCCCCGGUUAAAUCAGUAUCUGCGGGCACAAGGUCCCCCUUCAGACUCCAGAAGGUGAUUGUCUAUGCACCUGCACAGAAAGAGGUCACUCCAGUGGAACUCCACAAGCUAGGCUACGGACUUUACACCUCUCCGACUCGUCUGCUGAUAAGAGGCCUGCACAACACUUCAGUGACACAUUCUCAAGAUGUGGCUGGAGUCCCCAUGGCAGUAAUGAGGAGCUCUGUUGUGUACGAGCAUCGCUGGAUGCUGUUUCUGGUCAACGCAAGCGCUGCAUGUCCCACUGGUGGCGUGUCUUUCACUGAGGAGAUGAUCACCUGGCGUCUGCCCCGACACAUCACUCCACUGUUGUCCUCUGCCUCCAGCGAGACCCUAGAGGCCUACAUGGGAAUUGAGGGCCAAAGGCUGGAUGAGGCAAGCAUGGUGGCUAAGGGCUACUCUCUCUAUGCCACAGACUCUCACAUUGUGAUUGAGAUGCCCAUUGGGUCCCCUGAUGGGUACUACAAGAGCCAUGUUCAUAAAAGAGACUACCAAACCACCUUCACCAUUGAGCCCAUGGUGGAACUCCUGUGGAGAGCUUCUGGAGGCUCUGAUGAGACCCGCUACAAAGUCCUCUACCCCAUCACCACCCCACCUGUCCCCAGGCCACCACACGUCAUUGACUACACUGUUCCAGAGGAAGGUGUGUUCACAAUGGUUUUGGGUACAUUCCUGCCUGAUGUGGAGCUGACUAACAUCACAAUUGACUCUGCUGAGAUGACUGUACUCGAAGCUGCAGCCAAUGGCUUUGACAUCCGACAGCAUGGCUUCCCUAAUGGCUCCAAAGCUUUCAGUCUAGAAGUGCCGUUCACUCACCCGGCAGUCAUUAAGGAGAUUCCCAAUGUGAAGACGAUGACCUACACUCUGGACCUGGUGUUUGUCUUUCUUGUUCUACCAGAGGAGACCGUGUUCUUUCACCCCGCAGUUUUGGAAACUUCAGUGAAGGAUACUGAUCUGGCCUCGGUCACUGGCUCGUGUGAUCAGCGGAACGUCUACAUCACUGUUAAGUAUGGAAACCAAGGCCCUAACUUUGAGACGUUGGUUGGUGGCAGUCUGCUGACUGGAGAGCUGGCUCAACAGUACAGCUUCAAAGAGAACGUAACUCAUUUCAGCCUAGUGGUUCCAUUUGAGUCUCCUGACAUUGCCAUUGAGGGGGUCCAAUCGUCAUUUGUGAGGGGCAGGCUCGAUGUGACGCUGCAAAACCCGGAGAGGGGUUGGAACAUCACUUAUUUCUCCCUGGCCUGUUCCUUCCUCACCUCGGUCAUUGAAUGCAGUCCAAAUGGGACCAUUCAGGCUCUUGCUGUUAAAUUGGAGGCCGUGCCCAGACUCGACCCUAGACAGCUGACUCUGAAUGAUCCCUCAUGUGGGCCCUACUACAGUGAUGACCGCUUCGCCUUUUUCUACUUCCGUGUUGAUUCUUGUGGGACCACCAGAAAGUUUAAAGAUGAUGUGAUGGUGUAUGAAAACAAGGCCACUUUGAAGAGUGCUCAAAAUACCAUGACUCAAUUGAAUCCCAGUGAACCUGUAUAUCGAUUCAGAUUCUUCUGCAUCUAUGCUGUGAACGCUGGUAAAACUGUGGCCUUUUCCACUAUGCCUCAAUCCACAACACCAGUGGCCGAAGCUGGAGUGGGGGAACUCAUGGUUCAUAUGAGGCUUGCUAAAGAUGUGACGUACACAGACUUCUUCUCUGAUGGGGAUUACCCUUUGGUGAGGUACCUAAGGCAGCCGCUCUACUUCGAGGUGGCGCUGGAGCUGGUGAAGUUUAAGGAUCCCAACGUAGAACUAGUCAUUGACCGUUGCUGGGCUGCUCUGAAUGAGGACCGUAUGUCCAAACCACGAUGGGACGUCAUAGUGGAUGGCUGUCCAAAUCCUAAAGACCCUGAUCAGACAAUAUUCCACCCGGUAACGCCUGACGACAGGGUGCUGUUCCCCUCCCUCUUCAAGAGGUUAGAGGUGAAGAUGUUCUCUUUCGCAGAGGCAGAGGAUACCCCUGCAGGCCAGGUUGUUUUCCAUUGUGAUGCAGUCAUUUGUGACCCCAGUAGCCCCUUGGAUGGACUGUGCCAUGGCCAGUGUGCUAACAAGCAAAUGGGCACAAACGGCGUGAAAAGGGGUCCCAGAGCUGUUUCUCAACUGCACAUAGAACAUGUUUCCUCUGGAUUACUCUUCCUGAUAUGACAUUAAAAUUUUAUAAACUCCAA